CUGUCAAAAAAGUGUUCUUUUGAUGUAGAAAUGUCAGUCAAGUCAAAACCAAGUGACUUAUUCUGAUUGUUGAUGUUUUAUGGAGAGUAGAGGUUAUCUAAGAUAAAUGAAGUGGGGAGGGAAACUAGGUUGGAUGAUAUCGAGGUCAACGACCAGUGUUUUUAGCCUUAAGUUGUUGUUGGCCUAGGCAGUGUAAAUAUAAAAAAUGGUGAAGAUAAGUGGAGAAACUGUACAAUUUAUUAAUUGCAAUAUUUUGAGAUACCACAGAAUAAUCAAAGAGGAUUUGUGGGUAAGGAAUGGUAAAAUUAUAAAUCCCGAAAAUGUAUUCUUUGAUGAAAAAAUACAAUCAGAUAAAAAGGUUGAUUGCCAUGGAUGUUUGAUUGCUCCAGGUUUUAUUGAUGUACAGAUAAAUGGUGGUUUUGGAGUUGAUUUUUCUCACAAUACUGAUACCGUUGAAAAGGGUUUGCAAAAAGUAGCUAAAGGAAUUCUUUCCCACGGUGUGACUUCAUUUUGUCCAACCCUAGUAACGUCAUUUCCAGAGACAUACAGGAAGGUGAUUCCAAAGAUAAAAAAAGCUACUGGGGGAACUCACGGAGCAAAUGUAAUUGGUAUACAUUUGGAAGGACCUUUUAUAAAUCCAGAGAAAAGAGGAGCUCACAACCCUGAUGCCAUCCAUAGCCUGGAAAAGGGUAUGGCUGCUGUAAGGGAUGUCUAUGGAAGCUUGGAUGAUGUAAAGAUUGUAACCCUAGCUCCGGAGAUUCCAGGGGCCAUGAACGUUAUACCUGCCCUGAUUAAGCAAGACAUUACAGUUUCCUUGGGACACUCCACUGCAGACCUGCAGAUAGGUGAGGAUGCAGCCAGACAUGGAGCCUCUCUCAUCACUCAUCUUUUCAACGCUAUGCUGCCGGUAUAUUUCAGGUGGAUUCAAUAGCUUUGGUUUAAUUGC